AGCAUUCAAGCUUCUCAUUAACGCUAUUAACGCCAGCCAAACAAGCACACACCGAACUCCAAAACAGCCAAAUCACCCUUUCUUUCUUUCUUCCAUCCUCUCUCCGUUUUCCCAUCUAACACCGAGGCACGCCGGAGCCAUGUCGCACAAGCACAUCGACAUCGACAAGGUGAUGUCGGAGCUGACGCUGGAGGAGAAGAUCAGCCUCGUCGGCGGCAAGGACUUCUGGUGCACCCGUGACAUCCCGCGCCUGGGCGUUCCCUCGGCGAUGAUGUGCGACGGUCCCACCGGGCUGCGCAAGAGCGUGGACAGUGCCUCAGGUAACGUGACCAGCGUGCCCGCCACGUGCUUCCCCACUGCCGUCGUGCUGGCGUCGACGUGGAACCGUGCCAUGGUGGAGAAGGUCGGCAAGGCGAUCGGCAAGGAGUGCCGUGCGGAGAACGUGUCGCUGCUGCUGGCGCCCGGCAACAACAUCAAGCGGUCGCCGCUGUGCGGACGCAACUUCGAGUACUACUCCGAGGAUCCGUACGCUGCGGGCCAGCUUGCCGGCGCCUACGUGAAGGGCGUGCAGAGCGAGGGUGUCGGCGCGACGCUGAAGCACUACUGCGCGAACAACCAGGAGGCGUUCCGCUUCUCGAUCAACGAGCUGAUCGACGAGCGCACGCUGCGCGAGAUCUACCUCGCCGCGUUCGAGAGCAUCGUGAAGGAGGCGCAGCCGUGGAGCAUCAUGGCGUGCUACAACCGCGUGAACAACGAGUACGUUGUGUCGAGUCGCCACAUGCUCACGGACGUGCUGCGCGGCGAGUUCGGCUUCAAGGGCUUCGUCGUGUCCGACUGGGGCGCGGUGAGUGACCGCGGCGCGUCGGUCAACGCGGGCAUGGACCUGGAGAUGCCCGGCACUGGCGGUGCGACGUCGAAGCGCCUGUUGGACCUUGCGAAGGAGGGCAAGCUGAACAUGAAGGAGCUGGACGUGUGCGCGCGCCGCAUCCUGGAGUUCGUGAACCGCGCCGCGGAGACGCUGUCGAGGGGCGCGCCGAAGUGGGACGUCGACGCGCACCACGGCCUCGCGCGCGAGGCGGCCGCGGAGGGCAUCGUGCUGCUGAAGAACGAGCACGCCGUGCUGCCGCUGCACGCGUCGAAGAAGAUCGCCGUGAUCGGCGAGUUUGCGGAGAAGCCGCGCUACCAGGGCGGUGGCAGCUCGUUCGUGAACGCGACCAAGGCGUCGGGUGCGCUGGAGGAGCUGAAGAAGCUUGUGCCAACGCUGCAGUACGCGGCCGGCUACGCGACGGGUGCGACGAAGCACGACGAGGCGCUGCGGGCGAAGGCGGUGGAGGUGGCUGCGGGCUGCGACGCGGCGGUGGUGUUCAUCGGCCUGUCGGAUGCGGACGAGUCGGAGGGCUUCGAUCGCGCGCACAUGCGCCUGCCGGAGCACCACAACGCACUGGUGGAGGCUGUGGCGGCGGCGAACAAGCACACGGUGGUGGUGCUGACCAACGCGUCCGCGGUGGAGAUGCCGUGGGCGAGCAAGGUGCAGGCGAUUGUGGAGGCGUACCUGCCCGGCCAGGCCGGCGGUCUCGCGGUGGCGGACGUGCUGAUGGGCAAGGUGAACCCCAGCGGCAAGCUGUCGGAGUCGUUCCCGAAGCGCUUGGAGGACACGUCGGCGUACCUGAGCUUCCCGGGCACAGUGACGACGACGACGUACAGCGAUGGCGUCUACGUGGGCUACCGGUGCUACGAUAAGCGCCGCAUGGAUGUGCUGUUCCCCUUCGGCCACGGUCUGAGCUACACCACGUUCGAGUACAGCGCGCCGCGCGUGGCGAAGGCUGCGUACGUGGACAACGAGGCCGUGCAUGCGGAGGUGACGGUGACGAACACGGGCAAGAUGGCCGGCUCGGAGGUGGUGCAGCUGUACGUGCGCGACGUGUUGAGCAGCAUCGACCGCCCGGCGAAGGAGCUGAAGGGCUUCGAGAAGGUGCACCUGGCGCCCGGCGAGUCGAAGACGGUGAAGUUCACGCUGGACCGCCGCGCCUUCGCGUACUACGACGUGGCGCGCAAGGACUGGGUGGUGGAGGAGGGCGACUUCGAGCUGCUGUUCGGGUCGUCGUCCCGCGACGUGCGCGGCGCUGUGCACGUGAAGGUGUCCCCGGCCGCCGUGGAACCGCUCCCCCAUUUCGACGUGAACACGCCGAUUGGUGUGAUGCUCGCCCACCCCGCGACGGCGCACUUCCGCGACGACUUCGUGCCCGACUUUGAGAAGAUGAACAUCUCGGAGGGGCUCAAGACGAUGGAGAUGGAGCAGAUCAAGUACCAGGCGCUGCGCCGUCGUGUGUCGUUCUCCAAUGGUGAGGUUGACUGGGACUGGCUGGACGGGAAGGUGGCGGAGAUGAACAAGGCUAUUGCUGCCAGUAAGGCGCGCUAG